GCUCCCCCAGCGGGCGUCACUGCGGGAUUUGUCCAGCGACUUCCCUAGCAGGGGUGUGUUAGGGGGAGCCCUCUUUCCGACUGUCGAAAUGGUUAUCAAAGUGUUUGUUGCCACAUCUUCUGGGUCCAUAGCGAUUAGGAAAAAACAGCAAGAAGUGGUGGGCUUUUUGGAAGCCAAUAAAAUAGACUUCAAGGAGCUGGACAUAGCUGGGGAUGAAGACAACAGAAAGUGGAUGAGAGAGAAUGUUCCUGGGGAGAAGAAACCUCAGAAUGGGAUUCCUUUACCCCCUCAGAUCUUCAAUGAAGAGCAGUAUUGUGGGGAUUUUGACUCCUUCUUCUCUGCAAAAGAAGAAAAUAUUAUUUAUUCAUUCCUUGGUCUGGCUCCCCCUCCUGGAUCAAAGGUGACAAAGUCUGAGGAAGCAUCGUCCCUUCCCAAUGGAGAUGUAGCAGGAGAGGCAGAGGGAGCUGCAGAGGGAACAGAGAAGGCUGAAGGAAGCGGAGAAAAUGAGGCACAGAAAGAGGACAGUGAAGACGCUGGCGAGCUUUCUGAAUCCCAAGAGAAGAAGGAAGAAGAGGGAGAAGAGGGAGAAGAGGGAGAAGAGGGAAAGACAACAGAAGAGACGGAAGAGGCACCAGAGGGAGGAGCAGAGGGAGAAGCUGAAGAAGAGGAACCCGAGGAAGAGGCAGGAGAAGGGGAAGAUUCUUAGGCCCUUCAGGCUGGUGCUUCAACUUUCCCAGAAUAUCCGAGCCACGAGGCUACAUUUGAACUCUCCCUUCUCCAUUAACUCAAUGAAAUACUCGGCUGGAAGCCAGCGCCCUUCCCUUGGCACACCUGGGUUCACCGAGGACUCUCGACCUCCCAGACAGCUAGGUGCAUGUGGGUCUCUACCUCACUGUGUCAACAUGAGGCUGAAUGUGAAGACUGCACACACACUCUGCCUGCAAUUUCUGGUCUUUGCUUAAUGUUUAUUUCCUUUGCUAUGCACAAGUAGACCUUCUCGUUAAUAUUCUGCAAACAGGAUCUUGAGGCAUCGUUUCUCUCUGUGAUGCAGCAGGAUUUCUUUGUGUACUGCUUCUUUGAGGCUUGGCUUUCAGAACAAAACACUUCCCAGAGAGCAAUAAUAAAUAAAGAUUGAU